CAUAUGUUUAUUUAAAUUUAACGCUGGAUAAAAAAAGAUAUUUUAAAAAAUAUAAUAUAAUUAAUUUUUUUAACCUAUCCCAUGACAUAGAAUGCAAUUAUUAUCAGGAUAAUAUUUUAUUUUACAAUUAUGGUUAUCAAGAUAGUUUUGAUACCCAUAUUGAUGGAGGAUCAGGUUCAAGCUGUUUUAUUGAGUAAAUUAGAUGUUAAAAAGAGUGAUGCUUACGAAAAAGAAGAAGACAUUAUAAACAAUUUACAUCUCAAAUUACAGUUAAGAAUUUUUAAAAUAUCUGAAAAUGAACAUGACCUUUCUUCUGCAAAACAAUCAAUAUAUUACGGUAAAGGUGCUCAUGAGGGAUUAAUCGUUAUUAGAAAAUACAAAUUAAAAAGUAACGGUAUAAUCAAAAUGCCGGAUAUCGAUUUCAGAUUCAAUGUAUUUUUAUCGCGUGCUAAUGUUGGAAGCGAGACUCAAGCUAUCGAAUAUACAAAAGAAAAUAGGACGUUAAGCUUUUGGUUUGACGAAUCGCACAUAUCUUCCCAAAAUGCAAUGUACCAAUCGACCAAUGUCUUUUUGCGACAAUUAUUUUCCCCCAACGAAUUUCCUAGAGAUUAUAUCGGAUUUUUGAUAAAGGUCAUGAAGCUUAUGCAGAAAUCGGUAGAAAUUGACACCAUUCAAAUUAAGUUCAAGGUUGAACCACAUGCGUGCCAUGAGAUACCAUUAAAUGACAAAUCCAAGCCGGAAAUCGAUUCAAAUUUUUUGGAAAGCAAGCUAUUAGAAAUAAUAGAAUCUGUAUACCCGUCUUCAAUCAUGUAUCCCUCUAUUUUUAAGCAUAUCAAACAAAAAUAUGAAUAUUUGGAAGACCCUUACAUCAUAAAAGCACUCGAGGAAAGUAUCAAAAAAAUUUUAUUCUUAUUCUCCAAGCUCAACAAAAUUCGCCAGCUUGAAGAUCAAUCCUGGAUUCGGAUAAAUGAUUUUACUACCGUUGAAACGAUAAUUGAUGACGUUUCAUUUGACAAUAUAGAAGAUACUAUCUUGAAAAAAAGAUCGACAGAUUAUAAUAAUUAUAACCCGGUUAUUGCCAUAAUAACAUCGAAUUAUUGCGAAAAAUUAGCCGUCGAUGCGAUGAUGGAAAACGCCUUUACUUUAGUCAAGUAUAAAAAACAAGGUUCUCACCAUUUAUACACUAUCGGGGAUAUUGGUAAUUAUAAAGUAGUAUCCAUAAAGUUAUCCACAUUGGGCCAAACGAGGCACGCUAUGAUAUCUGCCACCAAUACUAUAACACGAUUAUUAGGUACAUUUUCAUCCAUCAAAUACAUCAUGUUAGUGGGAAUUGGUACCGCGAUAAAUAAAUUUCGCGAUUAUAGAAAAAAGUUUAAAUUAGGGGAUAUCGUUGUGUCAACCAAAAAUCCUGGCUGCGAUUACAUAUAUGUUAGGUGCGAUUAUUCCUGGAUCGAGCCAACCUCGGAUACAAAUAAAGAACUUAAGAGGGACCAUGAAUUUAAUGUAAAAACAUGGAAACCUACAUCACCUAGACUUGACAAUUUGAUUCAUGUUAUAAUUGGGGAACAUUUGAGAAAUCCUGAUUUUUGCCCAUGGAAUAUAUAUCUUCAAGAUGCGCUAGUUAAGCUUAAAGACCAAACCGAUGUCAACUUUAACAAACCAACUACAGUUUCUUCAGAAAUCCCCAUAUCAAUAGGCGGUAACGAUUUCCUAUAUCUAGAUCCAGACACUUAUAUUAAUAGCAACAACGAAAUAUCUAUUCAUUUGGGUGCGGUUGGAUCUUUUCAUACCCCGGGGUGUGAUACUUUAGAAAAACUAGAAAAUAACAAUGCAUCAUUAUUAGACAAUAUAUCCUCUAAAUACGGUAUUCUAGCAUUCGACCAAGAUUUUGACCUGGUUUUAGAUGCUUUAGAAGGGAAUAGAGUGGAGAAUUACGUGUGCGUAAGGGGGAUAAAUGACCAUUGUGGUGGUUCAAGUGUUGGGAAUAAAGGAAGUAACAUGAAUGCUAAUGAAUGGGCCCCUUAUUCAGCCCUAACCGCCGCUGCCUUUAUGAAGGCCGUAAUAGUGAAUUUAAACGUUUAAAUUUUUUAUUGUAUGAUUAUUUUGAAGUGAAAAUAAAUAAAGUAGGAAAUUAUUUAAAAAAAUAUAUAUGUUAUUAUAAUAAUGAAAAUUGUUGUAUAUUUUAAUAUAUAUUUAUAAAAUGAGUCAUUAAAUUUUUUGUGCCAAUAUAAUAAAUGAA